AUGGCCAGCCUGCGGCCGUCCGGCCCGACCCCGCUGCCGCCGCUGCUGCUGCUCCUGGUGGUGGCCGCGUGCCCCCUGCCCGGCGUCGACGGGACGUGCCCGGAGCGCGCGCUGGAGCGGCGGGAGGAGGAGGCGAACGUGGUGCUCACGGGCACCGUGGAGGAGAUCCUCAACGUGGACCCGGUGCAGCUCACGUACUCGUGCAAGGUUCGGGUCUGGCGGUACUUGAAGGGCAAAGACGUGGUGACUCAGGAGAGCCUGAUGGAUGGCGGCAACAAGGUGGUGAUUGGCGGCUUUGGAGACCCCCUCAUCUGUGACAACCAGGUGUCCACUGGGGACACAAGGAUCUUCUUUGUGAACCCUGCGCCCCCGUACCUGUGGCCAGCCCACAAGAACGAGCUGAUGCUCAACUCCAGCCUCAUGCGCAUCACCCUGCGGAACCUGGAGGAGGUGGAGCACUGUGUGGAAGACAAACCUGGGACCCACUUCACACCAGUGCACCCGACACCUCCAGAUGCCUGCCGCGGGAUGCUGUGUGGCUUCGGCGCCGUGUGCGAGCCCAGCGUGGAGGGCCCAGGCCGAGCCUCCUGCGUGUGCAAGAAGCGCGCCUGCCCCGCCGUCGUGGCGCCCGUGUGCGGCUCCGACGCCUCCACCUACAGCAACGAGUGUGAGCUGCAGCGGGCGCAGUGCAGCCAGCAGCGGCGCAUCCGCCUGCUCUUCCGCGGGCCCUGCGGGCCCCGCGACCCCUGCUCCAACGUGACCUGCAGCUUCGGCAGCACCUGUGCACGCUCCGCGGAUGGACAGACAGCCACGUGCCUGUGCCCGGCCUCCUGCCGGGGAGCCCCAGAGGGGCCCGUGUGCGGCACCGACGGCACCGACUAUCGGGGCGAGUGCCAGCUGCUGCGCCACGCCUGUGCGCAACAGGAGAACAUUUCCAAGAAGUUCGACGGCCCCUGUGACCCCUGCCAGGGUGCCCUCAGUGACCCGAGCCGCCUCUGCCGUGUGAACCCGCGAACCCGGCGCCCCGAGAUGCUGCUUCCUCCUGAGAGCUGCCCUCCCCGGCGGAUGCCCGUGUGCGGGGACGAUGGUGUCACCUACGACAAUGAGUGUGUCAUGGGCCGCACAGGGGCCGCCCGGGGCAUCCUCCUCCAGAAAGUGCGCUCCGGAUCCUGCCAGCCUCGAGACCAGUGCCCAGACCCUUGCAGGUUCAAUGCCGUGUGCCUGUCCCGCCGAGGCCAUCCCCGCUGCUCCUGUGACCGCAUCGUCUGUGAUGGGGCCUACAGACCUGUGUGCGCCAAGGACGGGCACACGUAUGACAACGACUGCUGGCGCCAGCAGGCUGAAUGCCAGCAGCAGCGUGCCAUCCCCCCCAGGCAUCAGGGCCCGUGUGAUCAGCCCCCGUCCCCGUGCAUCGGGGUGCAGUGCCUGUUCGGGGCAGUGUGUGCCGUGAAGAACGGGGAAGCAGAGUGUGUGUGCCAGCACAUGUGUCCGAGGGUCUACAGCCCCGUGUGUGGCAGUGAUGGGGUCACCUACGGCAGCAUUUGCGAGCUGGAGUCUGCGGCCUGCGUCCUCGGGCGAGAGAUCCUGGUGGCUCACAAGGGACCCUGUGACCGCUGUGGGCAGUGCCGCUUUGGAGCCGUGUGCGAGGCCGAGACUGGGCACUGCGUGUGCCCCUCGGAGUGCGUGGCCCUGGCCCAGCCCGUGUGUGGCUCUGACGGGAACACGUACGCCAGCGAGUGUGAGCUGCACGUCCACGCCUGCACACGCCAGAUCAGCCUGCAUGUGGCCUCAGACGGACCUUGCCAGACCUGUGGAGACACAGUGUGCGCCUUUGGUGCCGUGUGCAUGGCGGGGCAGUGUGUGUGCCCCCGGUGUGAGCGCCCCCCGCCCGGCCCCGUGUGCGGCAGCGACGGUGUCACCUACCCCAGUGCCUGUGAGCUCCGCGAGGCCGCCUGCCAGCAACAGGCUCAGAUCGAGGAGGCCCGGGCGGGGCCGUGUGAGCAGGCCGAGUGUGGCUCCGGAGGCUCCGGCUCUGGUGAGGACGGCGAGUGUGAGCAGGAACUGUGCCUGCAGUACGGCGGCAUCUGGGACGAGGACUCGGAGGACGGGCCUUGCGUCUGUGGCUUCAGCUGCCAGGGCGUCCUGAGGAGCCCGGUCUGCGGCUCCGAUGGCGUCACCUACGGCACAGAGUGUGAGCUGAAGAAGGCCCGGUGCGAGUCCCAGCGAGAGCUGUAUGUUGUGGCUCAAGGAGCCUGCCGAGGCCCCACUGUGGCUCCGAUGCCCCCGGCCGUCCCCCUGCACUGCACCCAGACCCCCUUCGGCUGCUGCAAGGAUAACGUCACUGCUGCGCGGGGCGUGGGCCUGGCCGGCUGUCCCAGCUUGUGCCAGUGUAACCCCCACGGCUCCUACGGUGGCACCUGCGACCCGGGCACAGGCCAGUGCUCCUGCCGCCCGGGUGUGGGGGGCUUCAAGUGUGACCGCUGUGAGCCCGGCUUCUGGAACUUCCGUGGCAUCGUCACCGACGGCCGGAGUGGCUGCACCCCCUGCAGCUGUGACCCCCGAGGUGCCGUGCGGGACGACUGUGAGCAGAUGACUGGGCUGUGCUCCUGCAAGCCUGGGGUGGCUGGGCCCAAGUGCGGGCAGUGUCCUGAUGGCCGUGGCCUGGGCCCUGCUGGCUGUGAAACAGACUCCUCGGCGUCCAGGACCUGUGCUGAAAUGCACUGUGAGUUUGGGGCGUCCUGCGUGGAGGAGGCUGGCUCUGCCCACUGCGUGUGCCCAACGCCCACCUGUCCGGAGGCCAAUGCUACCAAGGUGUGCGGGUCGGAUGGAGUCACCUACGGUAACGAGUGCCAGCUGAGGACCAUCGCCUGCCGCCAGGGCCUGGACAUCUGGAUCCAGAACCUCGGCCCGUGCCAGGAGGCUGUGGCUCCCGGCGCCCGCCCCACACCCGUGUCUGUGGCUACCUCGGUGCGCUACCUGAGUGAGGCACCCCCGCCCAGCGCCCUCCCCCUGGCUCCCGGCAGUACCCCCCGCAGCCGACCCACCCCUAGACCCUCAUCACAGCCUCGGACCACGGCCAGCAUCCCUAGGGCCACUAGGAGGCCCGAGCUGACCGUCCCCCCCACGGUACCCCCCUCGGCAGCCAGCCUUGCCACAGCAGCUUUCAGCGAAUCUGGCAGCGCCGACGGGAGCGGUGACGAGGAGCUGAGCGGGGACCUGGAGGCCAGUGGGGCCGGCUCGGGGGGACCUGAGCCCCCCGAGGGUGGCGGCGAGGUGACCCCUGGGCCACCCAUCGAGAGGGCUUCCUGCUACAACUCGCCUUUGGGCUGCUGCUCGGAUGGCAAGACGCCCUCGCUGGACGCGGAGGGCUCCAACUGUCCCGCCACCAGGGCGUUCCAGGGUGUGCUGGAGCUCGAGGGGGUCGAGGGGCAGGAGCUGUUCUACACGCCCGAGAUGGCCGACCCCAAGUCCGAGCUGUUUGGGGAGACAGCCAGGAGCAUCGAGAGUGCACUGGACGACCUGUUCCGGAACUCGGAUGUCAAGAAGGACUUCUGGAGCGUCCGCCUGCGGGACCUGGGGCCUGGCGACUCUGUCCGGGCCAUUGUGGACGUGCACUUUGACCCCACCACGAGCCUCAGGGCACCCGACGUGGGCCGCGCCCUCCUGCGCCAGAUCCAGGCCUCCCGGCGCCGGCCCCUGGUGGUGCGGCGGCCGCUGCAGGAGCACGUGCGCUUCAUGGACUUUGACUGGCUUCCUGCCUUCUUCACGGGAGCGACCACAGGAGCCACCCCUGCCAUGGCCACGGCCAGGGCCACCACCGUGGCCGCUUCCGCUGCCCCUCGGGCCCUCCACCCCAGCCACACAAGCCGGCCCGUGAGCAGGACUACAGGCCCCCCCACCACACGCCGGCCCCCCACCACAGGCCCCAGCCGUGUGCCCGGACGCCGGCCCCUGCCCCCAGGCACCCAGCAGCCCCGGAGGCCCUGUGACUCCCAGCCCUGCCUGUAUGGGGGGACCUGCUGGGACCAGGACUCGGGGGGAGCCUUCACCUGCAGCUGCCCAGCCGGCAGGGGGGGCACUGUCUGUGAGAAAGCACUGUACCCCUCGGUGCCAUCCUUUGGGGGCCACUCCUUCCUGGCCUUCCCCACGCUCCGCGCCUACCACACGCUGCGCCUGGCGCUGGAGUUCCGGGCGCUGGAGCCCCAGGGGCUGCUGCUCUACAACGGCAACGCCCGUGGCAAGGACUUCCUGGCACUGGCGCUGCUGGGCGGCCGCGUGCAGCUCAGGUUUGACACAGGCUCGGGGCCCGCGGUGCUGACCAGCUCGGUGCCCGUGGAGCCCGGCCAGUGGCAUCGUCUGGAGCUGUCUCGGCACUGGCGCCAGGGUUCACUCUCGGUGGACGGCGAGCCCCCCGUCCUGGGCCAGAGCCCCAGUGGCACGGAUGGACUCAACCUCGACACAGACCUCUUUGUGGGUGGCGUCCCCGAGGACCAGGCCGCUGUGGUGCUGGAGCGGACGUCCGUCAGCAUCGGCCUCAAGGGCUGCAUCCGCCUGCUGGACGUGAAUAACCAGCGCCUGGAGCUCGGCAGCUGGCGCGGGGCCACCGGGAGUGCCCACGUGGGCGAGUGUGCGGCCCACCCCUGCCUGCCCAGCCCCUGCCUCGGGGGGGCCCCAUGCCAGGCCCUGGAGGAUGGCAGAUUCCACUGUCAGUGCCCCCCUGGCCGAUUUGGGCCCACCUGUGCCGAGGAGAAGGACCCCUGUGACCCCAACCCCUGCCACGGGGCGGCCCCCUGCCGUGUGCUGCCCGGGGGCAAGGCCACGUGCGAGUGCCCCCUGGGACGAGGGGGUCCUCUCUGCCAAACAGAACGGAGCGACCCCGGGCCCUUCCUGGCGGACUUCCGCGGGGUCUCCUACCUGGAGAUGAAAGGCCUGCACACGUUCGAGCGGGACCUCGGGGAGAAGAUGGCGCUGGAGGUGGUAUUCCUGGCGCGAGGCCCCAGCGGGCUGCUGCUCUACAACGGGCAGAAGACGGACGGCCGGGGGGACUUCGUGUCGCUGGCCCUGCGUGAUGGACACCUGGAGUUCCGCUACGACCUGGGCAAGGGGGCGGCGGUCAUCAGGAGCAAGGAGCCCGUGGCCCUGGGCACCUGGACCAGGGUCUCCCUGGAGCGAAACGGCCGCAAGGGCGCCAUGCGUGUGGGCGACGGGCCCCGCGUGCUGGGGGAGUCCCCGGUGCCGCACACUGUCCUCAACCUGAAGGAGCCGCUGUACCUGGGGGGAGCCCCCGACUUCAGCAAGCUGGCCCGGGCCGCCGCUGUGUCCUCCGGCCUCGAUGGCGCCAUCCAGCUGGUCGCCCUGAAAGGCCAUCAGCUGCUGACCCGGGAGCACGUGGUGCGGGCGGUGGACGUCUCCUCCUUCGCAGGCCACCCCUGCACCCAAGCCUCGGGCCACCCCUGCCUCAACGGGGCCUCCUGCCUCCCCCGGGAAGCCUCCUACACCUGCCUGUGCCCCGGGGGCUUCUCGGGGCUCCACUGCGAGAAGGGGCUGAUAGAGAAGUCGGCGGGGGACCUGGACACACUGGCCUUUGAUGGGCGGACCUACAUCGAAUACCUCAACGCUGUGACGGAGAGCGAGAAGGCGCUGCAGAGCGACCACUUCGAGCUGAGCCUGCGCACCGAGGCCACGCAGGGGCUGCUGCUGUGGAGCGGCAAGGCCACGGAGCGGGCCGACUACCUCGCACUGGCCAUCGUGGACGGCCGCCUGCAGCUGACCUACGACCUGGGCUCCCAGCCCGUGGUGCUGCGCUCCACUGUGCCCGUCAACACCAACCGCUGGUUGCGGGUCAGGGCGCACAGGGAACAGAGGGAAGGCUCCCUGCAGGUGGGCAACGAGGCCCCCGUGACCGGUUCCUCCCCACUGGGUGCCACGCAGCUGGACACAGACGGAGCCUUGUGGCUGGGAGGCCUGGAGAGACCGCCCGUGGGCCCGGCCCUGCCCAAGGCUUACGGCACGGGCUUCGUGGGCUGCCUGCGGGACGUGGUGGUGGGACGGCGGCCGCUGCACCUGCUGGAAGACGCCGUCACCAGGCCCGAGCUCCGGCCCUGUCCCGCCCCCUGAGCCCGCGCAGCCCGCCACCCACCCUGCUGUAAUUAUUUUAUAUUUUUGUAAACGUGUUGCUUUUUUGA